CCACACUGUAGGGGUGUGAACAUUUUCCCAGACGUGCACACAUCUUGUUUCUCAUCGGAGACAGUUUAAUCACACAGACCGAAGAAGAAGACGGGCGACCCUUCAGCCAACUGUUACCAACUCUGCAGAAUUAGUGAAAAAGUGCAGCCAUGGGGAAAGGAUGCAUCACAGUCACCAAGUACUUUCUGUUCCUCUUCAACCUCCUCUUUUUUAUCUUCGGAGUAUUGAUCAUGGGCUUUGGCAUGUGGGUCCUCUUUGAUAACCAGAGCUUCAUUGCUGUUCUUCAGGAAUCGUCAGACACGGUGAAAGUGGCUUCCUACAUCCUCAUAGGAGUGGGUUCCUUGUCGAUGGCCAUGGGCUUCUUCGGCUGCAUUGGAGCCAUCUACGAAAUUCGUUGUCUGCUAGGUCUGUACUUCACCUGCCUCCUGCUCAUCCUCAUCGCCCAGGUCACUGCUGGAGUUCUCAUUUACUUCCAAAGAGAUCGGUUGAAAUAUGAGAUGUCCAGCAUCAUAAAGGGCAUGAUAAUCAACUACACUGGCCAGAACAGGACCACAGAGCACACCUGGGACUACAUUCAGAGGACGAUGAGGUGCUGUGGAUGGACUGGUCCAGGCAACUGGUCAGAGAACAUUUUGAUCAAGAACAGCUCCCAGAACCUCUACUCAUGUUCCUGUCGCAAUGAGUCCCUGCCUGGCACAGACAUCAAGGAGUUCGGCCUGUGUGAGCACCUGUCCACAGAACUACCCAUCUAUGAAGCGGGCUGUAUGAUCAGCGUGGAGAAAUGGCUCCUGGAAAACUAUGGAGUUAUUUUGGGAAUCUGUGUCGGUGUGGCAGUAGUGGAGCUCCUUGGGAUGAUCCUCUCCAUGUGUCUGUGCAAGAGUGUCGUCCAGGAGGAUUAUACCAAAGUACCGAAGUACUGAGCUGAAGACAGAGCCAGUUUCACGCCACACACAGAUGGAUGGACUCUCUCUCUCUUACUCUCUCACACUCUCUCUCUCUCUCUCUCUCUCUCUCUCUCUCUCUCUCUCUCUCCCUCCUUGUCUCACAUUCUUACGAACACACACACAAAUUAGGACAGCUGUCUCCACCAUUUGAGCUUCUCCUGUCUUGACAGCUGUGUAAAUUUCUCACGCCACAUAUGUCCCACACACGCAAGCACACACACACACACACCUAUCAAUCAGGCUUGACACACUUGUUGGACACAAGUCCACAAGUUACCGUUGUUGUCUUAUAAUUUUGUGUGGUUUUUUGUUAAUAUGUUUUGGUGGUGAAUUUUUGCGGUUUGAUACUAUGCAAAUGUUCAUUUAUAUGUUGUUUUGUUUUCCUUGGCUGACCUCAAUGAAGCGCUUAACAUAGUAGUAGAGAGAGCACUUUAGUGACAUUUGGUGAGCUGAGAGCCAGAACAUCUUCUGACUCUGGGGCAUGGAGAUGAGAGGGAGACGGGAGGGUGUGUGUGGGUGCGUGGUAGACGCUCUCAAGGAUUAAUGCCACUAUGUGAUUCUCCAGCUGGUAUUUUUGGUGCAGAGGGUGGAGGAGAGGCCCAGGGCAGGGCUGCUGUGGUGGAGGUUUUGGCUUCUUUCAUCAGCUCCUUGUACCCAGUAGCCCUGAUAUUAACCUCUGUUUACACCCACCGCCACAGCCUCCUCCUCCCUCCUGCCAUCCAUCAUCUGUUAGCGUCUCUAAAUCACGUCUCUGUCCUUCUCUCGGGUGUGUCUGACUGGUAACCAGUAGCUUUCCAAAAUGACUAGUUUUGCAUGAAGUAAGUGUGUGUAUGAUGUGUUGAGUGAGUAUUUCUUUUUGUUCUUUUUUUUAUAUUCUCAUGUAAUUUCUGUUGUUUUUUUUACAACUGUACAUAUGACUUUGGUAAGGGAUUCUGGCACUUCAGUGCUCGAUCAGCAUUUUAUAUGGGAAAGCUAUCAGCCACAUCCUCUUGUUUUAAGAGUCCUAUUGUUCUUCGUUUCCUAUCUAUUGUUUAUGAUGUACAGAAUGUGGUUGCCACAGCAGCUCGUCAGCACUAUUUUGGUCUGAAUCAGAGAAAUUGGAACCCUUAGAGUGAAUCUGUCAUCACUCGCAAAGCUAUAUUUUCAUUUUUUUAGCAUAGCAUGAGUUUGUGAACAGACAACCUACUAUAGCGCCUGCCCCGAACAUCUUUAUUUAAGCUCCUCACACCUACCGUCAUUUUGAAAAAAUCAUAGCAAUAACAUGAAAACGGCAGCUGUGUGACCGUAAUGUAUUUUCCCUUCUCUAUGUGAUGGUUUGUUUUCUCAGAAGUCAUUUUUCCUGGUUUAUAUUAUUGGUAACAAGAGCAGAGAAAACAUUGAAAGCUACCAUUUUUUAUUAGAAUAUUGCAUAUUUCAGAAGCUGCCAUGACCAGAAAAUGACUGUUCAUCAACUCAUUCUGUCUUACACUAUUAUGGCUGAUUUUGAGGUUAAUUUAGUGGAACAAUUACAGUCAGCCUCUAUUUUAUGACCUGUCAAAUUAAAACAUUAAUUUAACUUAAUGAGAGAUUAAGGGGUUUUUUUAUUGUGUGUUUAAGAUAUUUUUUACACUUUUACCAAAAAAAGAAUGAUUUUGUUUAGUAGAAAAAAUAUUCGUGGACCUGUAAGCCAUGUUUGAAAAAACAAGUGUUUCCUUUUAUUAUUGAGAACUGUUAAUAAACCUGAACCCACUAGAAUCCA